ACGAUGAAGCUCGUGUGCGCGGUCCUCGUGCUAGUGUGUGCGUGCGCGGUCCAGUGCGAUGAUCCCGUUGGCCGAUUGGAUCGCCCGGCUUCUCAGGCGCAGGCGCAAGUGACUCAAGGCGCCAACAAACCCAAGCGCGAACUCUCCUCCCAGGUCGGCGGCUUCUACAGCCACUCCAGCUUCGGCGGUUCCGAGGGUGGUUUUGGCGGAAGUUCCGGUGGUAGUUUUGGCGGUAGCUCCGGUGGUAGUUUUGGCGGUAGUUCCGGUGGUAGUUUUGGCGGUAGCUCCAGCGGGAGUUUUGGCGGAGGCUACGGCCCCUACGGCGCCCACGGUAGCGGCUCGGAGCACUCCUUCAGCAGCGAGAGCUUCUCGGGAUUUUCCGGUGGUGACGAUCAUAAAUUCGAGGGUAGCUUCGGCGGAAGUUCCGGGGGUAGCUUCGGGGGUAGUUUCGGCGGAAGUUCCGGCGGCGGCGAUGAGGGUGGCUACGGUCAUCACGAGGACCACCACCACAAGCAUGAGCACGUGAAAACGAUAACGGUCGAGAAGAAAGUCCCGGUGCCAUACCCGGUCCACGUGGAGAAGAAAGUGCCGUACCCUGUGAAGGUACCCGUUGACAGGCCGGUCCCAGUCCACGUGCCGAAACCCUACCCGGUGCACAUCGAGAAGAAAGUGCCGUACCCGGUGAAAGUCGAGGUGAAGGUGCCGUACCCGGUGGAGAAGAAGGUGCACUACCCGGUGAAGGUGCCCGUCGACCGGCCGUACCCGGUCCACGUGCCCAAGCCGUACCCAGUCUACGUGGAGAAGAAGAUCCCCUACCCGGUGGAGAAGAAGGUGCCGUACCCGGUGAAGGUGCCCUAUGAUCGGCCAUACCCAGUGCAUAUUCCCGUGGAAAAGCCAGUGCCCUACCCAGUGGAGAAGAAGGUGCCUUACCCAGUGAAGGUUCCAGUGGACAGGCCGUACCCAGUUCAUAUUCCCAAGCCGUACCCGGUGACCGUGGAGAAGAAGGUGCCUUACCCGGUGGAAAAGCCCGUUCCGUACCCUGUCAAAAUUCCAGUCAAGGUCCCCGUCCCUGUUUACGUGCACAAGGAGCACCAUCACGAACAUGGCCAUCAUGAGCACGGCUUUUGAAGAGACUGUUGAGAGUGAAUAUCUUAUUUUUUAAUUGACCGACAGUUGGUGUCAGUUCUCAAGUUCCUUUCGAUCAUAUUCAUUGAGUUAUGUGCCCAGUACUCAGUGAUAUCUGAUUAUGAUCGGAUAACCCGGACAUUGAGGUAAAUCAAUACUCAAAGUGAACAAACAAGGAGAUAUCCAACAAAUUAUCUUAAAAUACUGGUGUCAGUUUCAAUUUUUCGGAGAAAACUGAACUGUUGCGUCCAAACUGAAAAGAAACAGUGUUUUUCCUCAGGAAACAUUGACGCUAUUGAUGUUUUAUACCGGAAAAUUGGCGCUGUACUCUGACUUUCACCAUAAUAUCAACCAUAGUCGGUGCAAUGCACUAAUUUUCUGUUAUAGUACAUAAAUUGUGUCAAUUCACAGGAGAAACUGGAUUAGCUGAGUUAAAAUCAAUCGUACCGUUUUUACCAGGAUCUGCAAUUUCUAUGGUUUUUUCAAAAAACAUUCCCUUUGAAAACCAUGAAUUAAAGUUAGGAGUGCCUGAGACUGAACGCAAAAAGUGCAUUCUUUUAGUCGUAAUGAGCCGUUCAUUUUCAUUCUUGCAUGGAUACUUUUAGCUUUAGUUUAGGGUUUUUCAAAGAGAUUUUUCGGGAACUACCAAAAUUGCGCUGUACGUAAUACUUCGGUUUUUUUCUAAAAAUCAAAAGUGAAACCAUGACUGAAACCUCAGUGUUUGUUCGCUUCCGGUAUUAGAAUCCGGGCAUUUUUGUACGAAUAUUGAACUCGUUUAAUUUUUGACCUUUCAAGGGUUUUAUUCUGAUUUUUUCCAAGAUUAUGACCUAUGGAAAGUAAGUACAUUUCCCAAAUUAAGAUGCUCUGAUUUGAAAGUCAAAGUAUCGGAAAGAAAAUAGAAGAGUAUACGGUGGAAUCAAGUCAUUGAUCGAUAUCGUCAAUCAAGGAAUAAAGUGUUUAGUUACCAUAUUUUUUUAACCAAUUUUUUCCGGUACUUUGACUCCGAAUCAGAUUAAUUCUUUCGUAACAAAUAAAGGUAAUCACAAAUGGAGAAUUUUAAGUGGUGAUUUUGUAAUUUUGAGAACGAUUCUGAAAAACUGGACGAUUGAGUGGAGCCCUACGGCAAAAGAAAAUUCAAAUUUUAAUAUUCAUUUUCAAUCAGUCCUUACGCAUACUGCAUUCUCAGCUUUGUGAAAAACAUAACUAAGACGAGAAAUUACCCAAAAUGGUCCGACUUUAAUUUUGUUUUCAACGUCACCACGUUCUUCAUCUGUGAUACCCUUUCUGUGGACUCAAUUUAGUUUCUUUUUUUAUAAUUUGAGAGGGCUCAUAAAUUGGUCUUGUUUCAACUGAUUUUUCAUGAUUCGGAUACCAUAACGCUCUCAUCAGCAGGCAAACACUUCAUAAUGAUGUAGUGCCAAGAUUUCAAAAAUUGAUUUUGUGCAGUGAUAGUGAGACUUCAAGCAAAAUUUUCAAGGCAACACUUUGCCUUCCAAUUGUAUUACACAAAAAUCUGCACUUAAAAAAGAACAGAGGCCCCAAAACUGAAUAAUAUUAAGUUAUGUCAUUUCUUUUCAAUAGUUACCGAUCAGUGAAUGUUGCAUCACGAAUUUUUUAGUCCUAAUAGAUACAGUAAGUACCUUUAAAAACAUCUGUUGCUCAGUAGCUAAGUUUCAUACUUUAACGCGUUCAUAAAUUUUGCUGCGAAGGACUCGGAACCAUAAUACCAGAAAACGUAACAAAGAGAGGUGGAGACCACACAGAAUAUAAUUUUUUCAUGAAAGUUUUCGGUGCUAAUAAUUCAACCUUGUGCUUCUGGUCUUUUUAAAGGAAUUUCAACUUUGAAAACAUCAACGGAGUACUGAGAAAAGUUGGCAAGAUCUUUUCCUGCAAUGAAUUGAGUUUUUUUGCAAUUGCGUUUAGUGCAUCAGUCAAUGACACGCUUUCAUUCGGCCAAGGUUACCAGAUUGUAGGAUAAAUUGUGCAUUUCAAACACUACUUUUUUUAAUUAGUAUUUUUCUCAUAAUCUGAUAACCAUGCGUUAGGCUGAAAAGCCCCAGAGAAAUCGUAGCGUUCGUUUCAUGGUAAGUUGACUGCUUGCGUCAGAUAAAGUGGUGGAGAUGAAAAUCGGACGUAUCCGCAGGUACACUCGUUAAUUGGUAACAAUCUUUUUUUAUAAUUACUCCGACCAACUAAACGUUAUUUUACAAAACUUGUGGGUCAUUUAGACGCUGAUUUUUGGUUCCCUGUCUCUUCGUAAGUGUCGAAUAGUUGGAAAAAAUAUUUAAGUGCGUCAAGAAAGUAUGUUGGUUUCUAUGCAGUACCUUCACCCUUUUAUGAUAGUCACCGAAAUUUAGUCGUUGUGUCAAACUGUUCAAGAUUUGUUAUAAAAAAGUUUGUCACUAUGACGAAAUUUCCAAUGAAAAAAAACCCAAGGGUUUCUUUUAGAAUGCAUUCGCUACGGCUAGCUCCUAUUCUCAGUAGGUUCAGUAAUUGGAAAAUUGACCACAUUUUGCAGUGAGGAAUUUCUAUUUUUGGCUCCAUGAGAGCACCUAUACGCAUAUGGUUGCCCAUAGCAAAUUAUGUUGUCCCUAAAUUCAGCCAGAAAUAGUAGCUCUUUAUUGGAUAAUGUAGUUCAUACGAAUUCAAAUGCUUCAUCGAGUUCUGCUAAGAUUGUGCGACUGUUUCUUGCAACAAUUCUUCUUCCUGAAAUUGACACAAACAUUUAUACAAAAUUUCUUGCUGAAAUUUUAUAAGGCCUUGUCUCCACGGGACGUUGUAUGGGAUUUGUCUCAAGUUCGAGUCGCAGGAAUGAAACUUUUGGGAUUUUUCCUCAUUCAACCAAACAACAAAAUUUCUUCCUCUUCUCUAUGAGCUGCUCUCAGGACUCUACAAAGACUCUGCUAAGUACUGUGAUUAAUAUUGACCAACUCCAUAUUUUUACCAACUUUGCAAAUCAGAUUUUUCACUAGGACAAAUCUCAUGAAACGCCCCAUGGAAACAAGGCUGAAAGUGAGGGCAUUGUAGUUCUUUCACGACAUGCACUCUUUCUUAACAUCUGAUGGCGAUAAAAAUAAGUUUCAAAUUUCCACUCUUUAAAUGAGACCCAAUUCGAAAAAAUUUCCCACACAGCAUAAAUCACCAGUCAUCGUCAGCCGAGUUCCUUAAUACCAUAGUAGCUCCUUCUUUAAAAAAGUAGUCCAAACGACGCAUUAAAAUUCAAAAGCACCAUCCAAGUCUACCAAAGUUGUGCGACUGUUUCUCGCUCCUUGCCGACAUUUUAACAGGGCCUCGGCGCACAAUGGAUCGAGUCAAUGAGAGAGGUCGGACAAGAAAUUUUUGACUAAAACUGCAAAUUUUGAUGUUUUUAUUGUCAUAUUUCCAAUUUUAAGGGGUGACUGAAGACGAAAA